AGUAGCUAGCAGACUUGAAGACAAUGAGUAAUUACAUGUAACAAUGGCUCAGAAGGAGGCGGGGUCACAUCAUGCCAGCUAUGAUGACCUUCACGUGACCCAUGACCUCCCAGUUCCUGAAGGGUCCCCUUCAAGACGAGAGACAAAAUCACUACAUGACCUGCAGCUGGCUGUCAGAAACUCAGAAGAAAAGAAAGUGACAGAAUUCCUUACCUCGUGUGGAUCUCAGAUCAAAAUACAAACAAAAGGGCAGAUCUCUAAACCAGAGAGUAUACCAGAUUCUGGUUUUGAAGGCAGUGGGAGUCCACCUCAGUUCCAAGACGAAGCUGCUAUUCUUGGAAAAGUUGGAGGAGGGCAGUCCAAUGAUUCCUCCCAGACUGAUGUUGGGGAACCCCCUCGUCUACUUCUGGUGUCCACAAAAAUCAGGAACAGCAUCUAUUUCAGGCAUAGCAUCAAGCCCAAUGUGAUUUUUGUACAAUACAAGUAUGACUCCAUGACAACAGAAGGAAUUCUGGGCCUUGUGAACCAGACUCUGAGUGACAGAAAAGUGGAUAGUAUAGCUCUGAUGAUGAGCUGCUGUGGUCCCAACAUCCAGAUAUCAGGCAAGGAUGACAAGGUUGCAUCAAAGGACACAUUUUGUGAGAAUCAGCAGGUCAAGGACUUCUUCACAAACCUAGUGACCUCUCACCUGAACUUUGACAGUGAAUGUCCUCACCUUGAUUUUCUGGCCUGUAAUGCUGUUCUUCACCCAGAUGGAGUGGCCAUUAUAAAGGAGCUGGAAAAUCUAGUGAAAGUCAAGGUGACUAUGGCAAGAGAUAUAGCUGGAAAUGACAGCAAACAGAGCUCUGAAAAUAAAAUAAGUGUCGGUAAACUUUAUUUUCGGAUGGAGAAAUUGAGAGGUUUGAGUGGGAACAACCAGCAGUCUCUAGCAGGUUUUGAGAAAAUACAAACUGUCGGAAAAGGGGCAUAUGGUGCUGCAGUAUUGUAUAGAAAGAAAGAUGAUGACUCUCUUGUCAUCCUGAAAGAAAUUAACAUGCACGACCUGAAUGCAGCGGAGAGACAGCUAGCUCUGAAUGAGGUCUCUAUCCUGGCUAUGUUGGACCACCCUAACAUCAUCAGUUACUAUGACAGUUUUGAGGAGGAUGGUGUUCUAAUGAUAGAAAUAGAGUAUGCUGAUGGAGGAACUCUUGCCCAGAAGCUGGCUGGAAUGGCGGCCAAGGACAAGAAUUUGGAGGAAAAGGAAAUCCUCCAGAUCUUCCAGCAGAUUGUGGCAGCCAUCAGACACAUCCACGAACACAACAUACUCCAUAGAGAUCUGAAAACUGCUAACAUCUUCCUGACAAAGGAGGGUGUGGUUAAGGUGGGAGACUUUGGGAUUUCUAAGAUGCUUAGCUCUGCUAACAAGGGAGCUAACACAGUCCUAGGGACACCUUAUUAUAUCAGCCCAGAGAUGUGUGAGGGUAAGCCGUACAAUGAUAAAUCUGACAUCUGGGCCUUGGGAUGUAUACUGUAUGAGAUGGCCUGUCUACAGAAAACAUUUGAGGGAUCCAACUUACCAGCUCUGGUCAACAAAAUCAUGAAGGGACAAUUUGCUCCUGUAAAAGGGAAUUACAGUGAAGAGUUCAAGUCUUUGAUUAUGGAUAUGUUAAAACAGGAUCCUGACGAGAGACCAUCAGCCAAUGAAAUCAUGUACACCAGGCUGCCUGAGUUGAUGAAUAAGUUUGAGGACCCUGACACUGAUGACGAGUUAGUCUUGUCUCAGGGGAAUGUUAAUGACCCCAAGGCCAAGAAAAAACUCAGGUCAGUGUUUUUCUACUUUGAGAGCUGCACGGCUUGCAUGACUCCCAUUGAACUGCCACCCAAAAUCAAAAUAAGACAUGCUGCAGUAGGAGAAGAUCAUGUGAUUGUUGUAACCACUGAAAAACAAGUAUACUCAUGGGGUUCAGGGGUCAAAGGUCAAUUGGGUCAUGGGAACACAGAGAGUAAGGUCAAGCCAGAACUUGUCCAAUCACUGAAUGGAAAGUCUAUAUCAAGGGCUUGUUGUGGUGAUGGCUUCAGUAUUUUUGCCAGUGACAAUGGGAUUGUCCUGACCUGUGGGGACGGGACAGAUGGAUGUCUGGGUCACGGAGACACCCUCUCCUGCUACCGACCCAGACUCAUAGAGACACUACUCAGUUUGGAUGUGAUUUCCAUUUCCUGUGGAAGUAAGCACGUAGCUGCGGUGGGGAGUGAGGGUGAGGUUCUGACCUGGGGGUGUGGGGCUGAUGGACGGCUGGGACUGGGUAACGAAGACAACCAGUGUCAGCCCCAGGAGCUGACCAUUGAGGAACCUGUUGUCAUUAGAGAUGUUUUCUGUGGGGUGGAUGGCACCAUGUUUCUGACAGACGUGGGAAGUGUCUUUGCCUGUGGCAGUAACUCAGAGAACAAACUAGGCCUUAACAACAGGCAAGGCUUCAUCAUGGCCAUGAAAAAUAUCUUCACAAAGACGGAGGUAGAGGGGGCUAGUAACCCCACCCCAGUGAGGGCCCUAGCUCGACACCGAGUCCAGGAUAUAUCUAUGGGGGCGUGUCACACAGCUGUCAUUGUGGAGCCGGGACACAUCUAUACGUUUGGUAAAAACAGCGAGGGACAGUUAGGGAUCGGCGACACUAAACCCUCGCGGGCCCCUGUAGAGGUCAAGGCCAUGCUGGAAACAGUGGUAAAUAGGGUACAAUGUGGGGACCAUUAUACAGUGUGUAGUACAACUUCUAAUGAGCUGUAUUACUGGGGCCUCAGAAACAAGACGCCUGUGUCGGGGCUCCCACAGGAUAACGACUCCAAGUCCAGCACGACGGACAGCUUCGUCAACAACAACAACAUGAGAUUAGAGAGCGUGACCCCGAGGUCAGGGGUCACUAAGGCCCACUCACGACAGGCCAGCAUCACCAGUGUCACGAGUGUCACCAGCAACAUGGACUCUGUACAAGGAUCCCAGUCCUCAGUCCAGGGAGAGAUUGAAAGAGAGGCUGCCACUCUGAUGAAGAGCCCCGCCCACCAACGCCAGAAAAGUAUCGACAGUGUGGCCAGUAUAGCCAGUCUUACAGACAGUGGUAUCCCCAGCUCAAGUGGGAACACCCCCUCUGAUUCAGCCCCUCAGGGACCCAUGGGAUUCAGGCCACUCAGUAGUGUCAGAAAGAGGACCCCCAGUGAAGGCAGCUUGAAGCCAGAAUCUGAGCAGGGACCCCAGGAAAACUCAGAAAUAAUCUUCCCUCCCAUGCAUUUGAUGAGAAUACUCAAGUCAGGUGAUGAGAUGCUGUCCAUCAGUGGGUUUUUCUGCCACGGUGAGAAUCUUUUCAUUCAGAUGGAGACCACCGCCCCACCCCCAAGACGGAAAAAACGAAAAAAGAUCGGAAUCAGGAAGAGAUUUAGUGGUAACACACUCAAUGUUCCAGCGGAGACCCAGGCCCUAUACACUGCCUCUAGUCGGGAGGGAGGGGAUGAAUACUCAUCAGAAGCCUCAGAAAUCGACACUCAGGGCACAGUUCCAUCUUGGAUAAGAAAUGAAUUUAGAUUCAGUGAACAUGAAUCCAAGGAUGAUGGAAAUGAAGCAGACGACACAAGUGACCAAUCAGAUGAUGCCUUACAUAGAAGAGUUGUUGACAGCUCUAUGUCCAAUAUACAGAUCAACAAAGACUUAGCUCCAAAUCCAGGAAUUAUAGAAAUAAGUCCAAGAGACAAGAAGAAAGAGCAGACCAAAACACCAAAUGCCUCUAAUACAUCUAAACUGGUGAAGGUCCAGGAUUUCUCUCGUCGGUCAAUAUCUACCAACAGUACAGAGAGCGAGAUUGACUGCUCAACUGACAACGGGAGUAGAAGGGUUAGUGACACCCCUGGGAUCAGGAAGAGCCCACAAACAACUGCCAAGAAACCCCCACAGAACAGACUACCACCAGGGCCACAGAGACCCCUGCCCCGGGGCAAAGGUCAACCAAGGACAAGAGGAAAUGAUUUGUCCUGGAAAGAAAAAUUGGCCGCUCGAGGUUUUGUCUCAGACGUCACAGUAAAAAGAAAACAAGAGGCACUUCAGAAUGAGUUAGAGAUCACCCGUGAAGAAAAGAAGAAAGCAGAGGAGAGAUUGAGGAUAAUGGAGGAAGAACACAAAUACCAGAGAGAGAUGGAGAAACGGGAGCUGGAGAGGAAAGCUCAGGAGAGAGAAAGGAAUUUGGAGGCUCAGAUACAAAUGUUAAAACAAGAACUACAGUCCCAUUGUUCUAAGUUACAGGACAAUCAUAAGUUACUCACUUCUUUACAGAGUGAGCUAGCCAAAGUGAAGGGAAGAAACAGCUCUAAUCCUGACAGAGACAGUCGGGUGUGUGUUGUCAUGUGAUAUUUACAAAAAAGUCAUGUGAUCUGUCAUGUGACUAGCCUUAGUUUGUUUUUUUCCCAUUUCAUUAAUUG